GAGAGAGAAUCCAGAUAAACAAACAAAAAGAAGCUGAGAAGCUGCAGAGCUGCUGCACCAUGUCGACACCACUACCAGAGGAGGCCACACUCCACAGAAAAGGUAACGCAACAACCCAGCGAACAAAAACGAAAAGCCCAAACAGUACCCAGACACAGAGAGGGAGCGAGAGGAGAGGGGGGAGUACUUGAAAGCAACACGAGAAAAGACGCAGAGCUUUCAGAUGCCAACUUUGCUGGGAAAACAAAACAAAUUAGCUAUCUCUUUCCUUUUCCUUCCUUCCAAAAUGCAAUAAAUGAAAGGGAUCAAAAUCUUAUAAAUGUAUCUGAGUUGCUCGAUCUGCAACCUCAAGUGAAUCUGAUCCAUCUGGCCUACAUUCUUCUUGAUUUAUCAAUGGCGUGACGUUUACUUUGGAGACGAUGAAGUCUGGUCUCGCUGCGUUUUGUCCUCAAACUUUUAUUGGUUUCAUCGGUGGCGUCGUUGUUGUGGAGAUCUACUCCUCUGUUUACUGAGUCGCCGAGCUGAAAAGGUCCAAACAGAAGGGGUUUUAGUUGUCUGCAGAGAUGCAGGCGGUGGACUCUGCAACCGCGUCGACGAUAGGUCUCCAGCUUCCUGCGGUGAAAAAAGCUGAUGCGGGAGGGAAGCAUCGGAUUAUCGCCGAAUUGAAGCGCCUCGAGCAGGAAACUAGAUUCUUGGAGGAAGAGAUAGAAGAGCUUGAGAAAACAGAGAAGGUUUCAGCUGCAUGCCAGGAAUUGAUGCUAAAAAUUGAAACAAGAUCGGAUCCACUACUUCCAGUAACAAAUGGCCUCACCAACCCAUCCUGGAAUAGAUGGUUCGAAGGCCCACAAGAUUCAAAUGGCUGCAGGUGCUGGAUGUUGUAAUGAUGGCUGUGAAUCAUCUGGAGAUGCCCUUUGGUUGUCAAUUGUUUCCAAGGCUUAAAAGUUAUUUCCAUGUCACAAACACCUGUCAAUCUGUUAUUUUUGACAAUUGACAAAUCAAAGAUGAAAUAUUCGAUUGUACACAAUAUAACUUUUUAGGCAAAUGGAUAACAUAAUUUUAUCUUUGGGAAUUCAAACA